AGAAGUAGAAACGUUUGUUUAACAGUAGUAAUGUUAUCUGUUCCGACUGUCACUUUUAACGAUGGAAAUAAAAUGCCUAUGUUAGGGCUAGGUACCUAUUUGUCGAAACCUGGAGAAGUAGAAGAUGCUGUAAAACAUGCAAUUGAGAUUGGCUAUCGUCACAUAGAUACGGCAUAUUUUUAUGAAAACGAAAAAGAAAUUGGUAAAGCUAUAAAAGAAAAAAUAAAUGAUGGAACGGUUAAAAGACAAGAACUUUUUAUAACAACAAAGUUAUGGUGUAACAGCCACAAUGAAAAUGAAGUUGUACCGGCAUGUAAACAGUCUCUGAUUAACUUGGGGUUAGACUACGUAGAUUUAUAUCUAAUUCAUUGGCCCAUGGCUUUUAAAUCAGGAAAUAUCCUUACACCUAGGGAUGCUUCUAAGAAAAUAGAAUUUAUCGAUACUGAUUAUCUUGAAACAUGGCGGGGAAUGGAAGAAUGCAAACGUCAGGGUUUAGCCAAAAGUAUCGGUGUCAGUAAUUUCAAUUCGGAACAGUUAACUAGAUUGUUAUCUGCUGCAAAAAUUAAGCCUGUUAACAAUCAGGUUGAGGUGACUUUAAAUUUAAAUAAUAAAACUUUGAGAGAAUUUUGUAAAAAGCAUGACAUAACAGUCACAGGAUUUUCUCCUCUUGGAAGACCAGGAAACCGACAUGGUAUUAAAAAUUUAUGGGACGAUCCAAAAAUUCAAGAAAUAGCCGAAAAAUAUAAAAAAACGCCAGCCAACAUUGCAUGUAGAUUUCUUAUCCAGUUAGGUGUUACACCUAUUCCAAAAUCGGUAACUAAAUCGAGAAUCAAGGAAAAUUUUAACAUUUUUGACUUUGCUCUAACUGCUGACGAAGUUAAAACGAUCGAAGAUCUUGAGACUGGGGCAAGAGUUGCUCCCUUUGACGAAGCAAAAGAAGCCAAAUUUUAUCCUUUUACUCUUGUUUCGAACCUAAUUUCGAUCAUAAUAACUAGAAUAUUGUUGAAAAAAAUGAUUGUCCCUCAAUUAACUUUAAAUAAUGAUUAUUCAAUGCCGAUGCUAGGACUUGGAACAGCAAAAGUAGAACCAUUAGAGUUAAUCGAAGCUGUAAAAUAUGCAAUAGACAUUGGUUACCGCCUAAUAGAUACAGCAUAUCUAUAUGGAAAUGAAAAAUACAUUGGAGCAGCGAUACGUGAAAAAAUAAAUGACUGUACCGUAAAACGAGAAGAUUUAUUUAUAACAAGUAAAUUAUGGUCUUAUUCACAUAGGGAACACGAAGUUGUACCGGCACUCGAGAUGUCUCUUAAGGAUCUUGGUUUAGAAUACGUAGAUCUUUAUCUUAUUCAUUGGCCAUUCGCUCUUAUAAAAGGUACCGAUUUUGUAUCUCUUAAAAAUCGUGGAGAAACGAUAUUAGCUGAUGACAUUGAUUAUCUAGAGACGUGGAAAGGAAUGGAAAAGUGCCAAGAGCUGGGACUUACUCGUAGUAUUGGCCUUAGUAAUUUUAAUUCUGAACAAAUUUGUCGAUUGCUAUCUAAAGCGGAAAUAAAACCCGUCAACAAUCAGGUUGAAAUAUCUUUGAAUUUAAAUCAAAAGCCUUUAAUAGACUUUUGUAAAAGCAAAAAUAUUUCGGUGACUGGUUACUCUCCUCUUGGGAAACCUGGCAAUUCUGUUGGUUUGGAUAACUUAUGGGGCAGCAUGGCUAUUCAAAAUCUUCGAAAAAAAUAUAAUAAAUCAGCUGCUCAAAUCGCUUUGCGAUUUAUUACGCAACUAGGCGCAGCGGUAAUACCUAAAUCAGCCAAUAAAUCCAGAAUAAAAGAAAAUUUUGAAAUUUUCGACUUUACUUUAACUCCAGAUGAAAUAAUUGAACUGCGUGCGAUCGAAACGGGUAGGCGAAUGAUGACUAAAGUACAUGUUCAAACAGUCGAAACUCGAAACUGUGCGUUCUUGUGGAUCAAAAAUAUGGCUGUGCCUUUCGCUAUUUUCAACGAUGAACAGAAAAUGCCAAUGUUUGGUUUAGGUACAUAUCUGUCACAGCAUGGGGAAGUGAGAGAAGCGGUAAAGUAUGCCAUUGAAAUUGGUUAUCGGCAUAUUGAUACUGCAUCAUUUUAUAACAAUGAAAAAGAAGUUGGUGAUGCUAUUCGAGAAAAAAUUAAAGAUGGUACUGUGAAAAGAAAAGACAUUUUUGUAACGACAAAGCUUUGGAGUAAUGCUCAUAAAGAAGAUAUGGUUGUUCCUGCUUGCAAAAAAUCGUUACAAAAUCUUGGACUUGAUUAUGUUGACUUGUAUCUCAUUCAUUGGCCGUUUGCAUUCAAAGAAGGAGAUGAAUUAAUGCCAAAAGAUGCUUCUGGAAAAUUAAUACUUUCUGAUACCGAUUAUUUGGAAACAUGGAAAGGAAUGGAAGCUUGUAAAUUGGAAAAUCUUACAAAAAGUAUAGGUAUCAGUAAUUUUAAUUCAGAACAAAUUACACGUUUACUGGCUGAAGCUAAAAUCAAACCAGUAAAUAAUCAGAUUGAGUUGUCUAUAAACUUAAAUCAGAAACAUUUAGUAGAUUUCUGUAAAAAACACGAUAUAACAAUUACUGCAUAUUCUCCUCUCGGCAGACCUGGCAAUCGAUACGGAAUUAAAAACUCAUGGGAUCACCAAGUAGUUCAAGAAAUUAUGAAAAAAUACGGUAAAACUGCAGCUCAGGUUGCAUGCAGAUUUGUGCUGCAAAUGGGCGCGGCACCAAUACCUAAAUCUGUCACUCCUUUACGUAUUAAAGAAAAUUUCGACAUUUUUGAUUUUGUUUUGACGGAAGAUGAAAUGCAUUCUAUUCAAUCUAUCCAGACCGGAGAUAGGGUAGCUGCAAUGGCAGAGGCAGUGGACUCUAAAUACUACCCAUUUAACAUUCCAUUUUAA